AUCAGUUUCAUUUUAACCUUUGUCGUGGCCGCACGGAAUGGCACGGAUUGGUGAACGAAAUUAAAUAUCAAAUUUAUCCGAAAUAUGCACAAUAAAUUGUAUUAUUGUGCAUUGCACUAUCUAAGCGACUGAGCCCGAAACGGUGCCCACAAUUUGCGCGUGCCGAGAAGCAAAAAGCAGAAGCAGCAGCGCGCAAAUGGAUACAAUGUUUGUUUUUAAUGUUAAGCGAAAACUAAGAAUCAAAAAAGAAGUGUGAUAAAUGCCAACACGAAAAUUGUUUUGCAAGCGUCUAAGAAAAACGGCAGAGAGAACGCGUCAGCCUGCAUGCGCGCCUCUGUGUGUGUGCGUGUGUGUGUGUGCGUGUUCGUGUUCUUGUGCUUGCGCUUGUCUGGCUGUGUCUGUGCUCCCGGGAGCGUGUAAGUGUGUGCGUGUGUGUGUAUGUGUGCAGUGAAGUGCAAAAGAAACACGAUAAAAAAAAAAAACAACACGCCAAGCAGUUGCGCCCGUUUUAGCUGAUAAAGCGUAUAGAAAAAAAGUACAACAACAACAACAACACACAAAGCAGUAGGCACGAAACGAGUGAAAAUAGAAAAUUAAUAAUUAGCUAGAAGAAGCAGCAGCAGCAUUCACACAGGCGAUUUGUAAGUGAUCAGUGCUAAAAAAAAAAAAAGAAAAAAAACGUAAAUGAAAAAUUAAAAUAACAAAUCGUGCAACUUUUCCCAUAAAUAGUGCAAAUCAAAAUUCUCGGUGCAGCGGCCAAAUUUGUAUCGAUCGCACACAGCAACAAAAACACAUACAAAUACAACUACAGCUACAACUACAAAUACAAUAACAAAAGCAACAACAAUAACAAAUCGCACAUCAGAUUUUCAAACUGCAACUGUUGGCGCCUCAAGCGCCGUUAUUUAAUACCGCAAAUCCGUCAAAAUGUCAACAAUGGAGGUGCGCAACAACUCGGCCAUGAUGAAGCGUGCCGAGCAGCUGAAGCGCUGGGAGGAGUCGGACACAAAUCGCGCCGCCCCCACGCCUCGUCGCGAGGACUGUCGCAGCAUCAAGUUUAGCUCCGGCUGCGUUUUUCUCGCCGCCUGCCUCUCCGGCGACAAGGAGGAGGUCGUCCAGCUGCUCAAUCAGGGCGCCGACAUUAACACGGCCAAUGUUGAUGGCCUCACCGCUUUGCAUCAGGCCUGCAUCGAUGACAAACUCGACAUGGUUGAGUUUUUAAUAGAGCACGGCGCCGAUAUCAAUCGGCAAGACAACGAGGGCUGGACGCCGCUGCAUGCAACCGCCUCCUGCGGCUUUGUCAGCAUAGCAUGCUAUCUGGUGGAGCACAACGCCGAUGUGGCUGCCGUGAACAGCGAUGGCGAUCUGGCGCUGGACUUGGCUAUCGAUGUGCAGCACAUGCCCAUGAUUAACUAUAUGGAAAAGGUGGUGCAGGAGCUGAAUAUUGAUGUGGAUCAGGCACGUAGGGCCGAGGAGCAGGCCAUGCUGAAAGAUGCCAAGCGCAGCGAUGCGGCCGAAGUGGAUCAGCCGCAUCCAAAAACUGGUGCAACGGCGUUGCAUGUGGCCGCCGCCAAGGGCUAUACGAAAGUGCUACGUCUAUUGCUGGCCCGUGACUGCAAUGUUGAUAGGCAGGAUAACGAUGGCUGGACACCAUUGCAUGCUGCCGCACACUGGGGCCAAAAGGAGACAGCUGAAAUGCUGGUGGAGGCCCUGGCCGAUAUGGAUAUACCCAAUUAUGCUGGCCAAUCCUGCAUCGAUGUGGCCGAUCGCAAAAUGGUCAAAUUCCUUGAAGAGCUGCGCGCCAAUAAGCGCAACAAACGGCGUCCAUCUAGUCAAAUCAGAAUCUCAGAUGCGAUUGAAAAUCAUGUGGACAAAACACGAAUGAAACUCGUACGCGUCGAAGUGAGAACUGAUGCCGCUAAGGAUGCUGAAAAUGUUAAACCCAAUCAGCAUAUACAUGCUGGCGAGCAUUCUGCCGAGGAGGAGGCGCCCUGGCGACGCAAAACUCUGCGCACGCCCAACGACAGUCCCACUAAGAAUCAAGUUCCUGACAAAGAGCUGAGCGGCAAAAGCGCUAAUGAGAGCGCAAACGAUGUCAUCUUGCGGCGCACGCAAAGCUUUGAGAAUGAUCAAAAAUUCUAUCAAAAGUACAAUGAGCUGCGGGCACGCAUAAAGGCGAACUCAUGUCCCAUACUGCCAGCGACGACGGCAAAUGCUCUGCCCGGCAAUGCAAAUAACAACAAUAACCAAAGUAGCAAUAACAACAAUAAUAACAAUAACAACAACAACAAUAACAAUAAGAGCGCGCUGCUGUUGGGAAAAACUGUGAGCACAACCAGCGUCAGCAGCAGCAGCGGCAGCAGCAGCAACAACUACAACAACACAACAACCACCACAACAACAACAACUACAUUCAACACACACACCAACAACACAACAACAACUGCAACAGCAGCAGCUACUACAGCAAAUCCAAGUCAAAUUUAUAGCGUACAAAGAUCGGCCUCCCUCAAAGAUAACUCAGUAUAUUUCAGGAAACCAAUCGCUCCAGCUACGAUGCUGACAGCAGCGACAACAACGACUACAACAACAACAACGACGCUCAGCUCACCAUCAACAACUGUGCUCACCCCACCUAUACGCAGCAAUCCUGCCAACAACAACAACAAUGCCAGCUCUAUGGCGAGCGCCAGUGCAAGCGAUGCGGAGACCCAACCAAAACCCAAGCAAUCGGCGGGCAAUAUAUUCAAGAACUUUUUCAAAUCCUUUGUGCCGCCAGUGCGCGACGAGGAGAGCGAAACGCAGCGCAAGGCGCACGCGAAACGAGUCCGUGAGACGCGUCGCUCCACGCAGGGCGUUACGCUCGAGGAGAUCAAGAGUGCCGAGGAGCUGGUCAAGAAGAAGAACUUGGGCAUGAACAACAACAACAACAAUAACAACAACAACAGCAGCAGCGUAAGUACAACUUCAAGCACAACAACUGCAACUGCAACAGCAAUCAGCAGCAGCAGCGACGACAGCAACAUUGAGAGCAGCAGCAGCCUGCAACAACAGGAAGCGCAGCCACCGCCACCGCCAACAAGUCCGCCACCAGCCAUAAUACCGAAAACAACGACGACAGCGGAUGAUUUGGAGAUAGUUGAGGCUGUGGUUGCCACACUGGCGCCAGCGGCGGUUGUGGACAAUGCGGAUACCACCGCUAGCUUCACGCUGGCAGCACCAGCCACACGCAUAUCACACGGUGGCAAUGGCGACCAUGCAGAAUUUGUUGAUGUUCCCGACAGCGAUGCUGAGGAUGAGCAGCAGACGGCGGUCAGCGCCAGCUACACGAUAGUCUCGAGGCGAGAGAAGCCCGUCGAGUCGGCGGUGGAGUCGAGCAGCCACAAACAACUAAAGACUGAUCCAGUUGCCAAGCAAGCGCACAUGUUGGACACCGAAACUGGCGGUGAGUCCAAGGCAAUGCAAGCCAGACCCACAGAACUGGCGCUGGCAGCAACAGCGCCAGCCGAAAGCAAACCAGCAUCGACGACGACACCUGCCACAACGCCCAGCGUGCUGGAGAGUCCGGUACGACUGCGGGACAAGCGCAGCCUGAGCAGCAAUGCUACUGGGGGAGGUGUAGGAGGAGGAGGAUCUUCUCAAGAAACGGAUACCAAGUCGGACACGGCCUCGCCAGUUGGCGCACAUGCGGAUUUCAAUGCGCGCGACUCUUUGCUUAGCUUGUAUGCACGUCGUACGCUGGAGAGCGGUGGUGCGGGUGGUGCAGCGGUUGCUGCUGCUGUUGCUAGCGCUGGAGGCGCAACUGUUGCGCCAUCGACGUCGUCGUCUUCAAGCACAUCCACAUCAGCAGCCGAGCGGCGUCCGUCUUGGCGUCUCAAGUUUGAUGCGGGCUCAAAGUUCAAGCUGGAGGACAUCACCAGCGGUGGCACCUACCCGCCCAAUCAGAGCACAAUCAUACCCAGCGCACCGGCCGUGAUGGCCGCGGUUAAUUUGGCCAGCACAACGGGCAACCCGCGUCGCAUAAGCAGUGGACCCAAUGCGCUUAACGCUUCCAAUCAAUCGCUCAACUCGGUGGGUCGUCCGGUCUCAGCACCCAGCGAGAGCAGCAAUAACAGCGCAUAUGUGACGCCGCCGGCGCGUAGAUACGAGACAUCCACGCUGGGGACAGCUGCCUCGACAACAGCCACAACAACUGCCACGACAGCCACCAACUCCGCGUCUGCAUCCAGUGCCAACCAUGGAACGGCGACUAGCUCCACGCCCGGCCAUGAUGAUAAGGAUAACGACAAGGAGAACGAUAAUCGUACACAGACUGUUAUUCAGCGACGUCGCAAGCCCAAGCGCAGAUCCACGGGCGUGGUGCAUAUCGAUAUGGAUGAAAUUGAUCCGGAACGCCAACACGAAACGGCCAACAAUGACAAUGAGGAUAAGGAUAAGGAGAGCGGCAGUGAACGCACCUCACGCUCUCGCACCGCGAGCACAGCGACAACGAGCACCGGCAGCGAUUCAAAGAGUUCCAGCAACAACGACAAAGCGGAAAACGGCGAUGGCAUCGACUACAAGGCGCUCUGGGAAGCGGCCAAACUGGAGAACGAUAAGCUCAAGCAAAUGCUCAAGCAGAAGGACGACGAAGCUGUACAGACGCGUGCGACGCUCGAGCGCUUCGCCAAUGCCACCACUAAAAAUUCACUCUCUGAGAUUGAGAAACGUGAAAGAAGAGCUAUGGAACGCAAGCUUUCCGAAUUGGAAGAAGAGCUCAAGCAACUUGAUGCCUACAAGUCGGACAAUGACCGCCUGAAGGAGGAGAACGCCGCGUUGAUUAGAGUAAUUAGUAAAUUAAGUAAAUGAAAUUAUGUCGUAACUUAAAUUUACUCAAAAAUAACAAAAAGAAAAACAAAGAAAACCAACAUCAAGAAUGAAGAAAACAAUUUCGUUGAAGCGAUCAGUCAACAACGCGAAAUGAUUUCAACUAAAUUAUCAAAAAGAAAAGUUCUGUUUAUUAAUAUUAUGAUUAUAAAAAAAAAUUGAUUAUUAUUUUUGUGUGUUAAGGCAUUUAAGCGCUAGAUGAAACCAUGUUUCGAAAAUCGUUGAAAUUUGUUUUGUUUAAUUUCUCUCUCAAUCUUCCAAAAUUAAUAUAUAUAUUAUCAAGAAGUUGAAGAAUGGAGCGUGUAUUUGGUCAAAUUAUAUAUACACAUACAUUUAUAUACAAAAUAGAGAAAAUUAUAAACAUCAAGAAGAAAGUUAAUUAUAGUUAUAGAUGUUGUCUAACGGUUAAUUUCAAACAAAAGAAAACCUUUACGAAAAACAACUGAGAACAUAUUCAUCAAAUGAGCCCUAGUUACAGAUUAGUUUAACUAUAUAUUGCAUACAUACAAACAUAUAUUUUUCAUAUAUACAUAUAAAUUAUAUACAUACACACCCAUACACACUCACACUCACUCACAUAUACACACUACACAUAUACACAUGUUUAAAACUCAUACAGCUUAGAGGAUUAAACUGUUUGUGAGAAAUGUUUUGAAACCAGCCCACGCAAUGUCAACGUACUAAUUUAUUAAAGCUGUAAUUGUUUUUAAAAGAAACUCAUUUAGUUUUAAACAUAAAUUUUGUAUAAUCGAUCCGCGGAUAUACAUACAUACAUACAUACAUGCAUACAUGCAUACAUGCAUACAUGUGGCCUAUGCAUAUGCAACAAUAUUAUCGUUAUACGGACGACAUAUAUGAAUUAAGCGCAGCUCUCGCAUGUUACUUUUCAUUUCAUUCAGAAUGAUAUACUAUGUCAUAUAUUAACUUAACUUAACCAUGGCGCUCUAGUACAUGCACAAGAGUUGUAGUUUAAUGAUAUAUAGAUAUAUAUGAGAUGUAUACUCCUAAUUAGAUAUGCUGCAGUUGCAUAUGUUGCAUAUGCAUAUGGACGAUUUAAUUCAUUAUGUUAAUUUAAGUUGUUCACUUUUGAAACGUAUUAUAUAUAUCGUACUCUAUACUUAUUUCAAUUUCGCUUAUAACAUUAUUGAAUUCGUUUAAGAGAUUUUUUGUGUUACUCUCGUGAUGGAAAACGACAAAACAAACUGAAAAACAAGUGAAUUGUGUAAUAUGUAAAAUUGUGAGAAAAUAUUCAAAUACGAAACUUAAUAAAUGUGAUCGCAAAGUAA